GAGAUCCUCCCGACGCAGCUCGUUUACCGCCUUAGCUUGUGUCGGCUAGAGUUCUGUGCGUCUCGACGAAUCGCAACAAACUUUCGAACGUUAACUAAAAGAGCGCUAUUAUUUCCUAAGUCGCCAGAAUCAGUGCAGACGAUGGUUGCUAGAAAUUAAUUAAGAAGACGCUUAGGAAGCACAUACAGAAAAAUGAGUACAGAAGUAGAAAAUGGUGGUGCGGGAGAUGGGCCGAAAAAGAAAACCAUUGAGGGUAUUUACCAGAAAAAGUCACAACUGGAGCAUAUCUUAUUACGACCUGAUACAUACAUUGGGUCCGUUGAAUUCGUUCAGGAAAUGAUGUGGGUCUAUGAUGCCGAAAAGGAAAUGAUGGUGCAACAAGAAAUCAAAUAUGUUCCAGGAUUGUACAAAAUAUUUGAUGAAAUCCUUGUAAAUGCUGCAGAUAACAAGCAGCGGGAUGCAAAAAUGGACACAAUUAAAAUAGACAUAGAUGCAGAAAACAAUACCAUAUCUGUAUGGAACAAUGGGAAAGGCAUACCAGUUGUGAUUCAUAAAGAUGAAAAGAUGUAUGUACCCACCAUGAUUUUUGGACAUCUAUUAACAUCAUCCAAUUAUAAUGAUGAAGAAGAAAAGGUAACGGGAGGCCGAAAUGGAUAUGGUGCCAAAUUGUGCAACAUCUUCAGUCAUCGUUUCACUGUUGAAACUGCUUCAAAAGAAUAUAAAAAAUGUCUUAAACAAACAUGGGGAAAUAAUAUGGGAAAAGCCAGCGAAGCCAGAAUCAAAGAGUUUUGUGGGGAAGAUUUUACAAAAGUGACUUUCUCACCGGAUUUAUCCAAAUUCAAAAUGCAGAGUCUUGAUAAGGAUAUUGUAUCAUUGAUGUCUCGACGAGCAUUUGAUGUUGCUGCCUCCACAAGAGGGGUCAAAGUUUACCUUAAUGGAGCCAAAGUGCCAGUCAAAAGUUUUAAAGAUUAUGUAGACCUUUAUAUUAAAGGAAAGGAAGAUGAUAUAGGGAAUCCAUUAAAAAUUACUUAUGAGAAUUGUGGACCUCGUUGGGAGGUUGCAGUGGCGUUAUCAGACAAAGGAUUUCAACAAAUGUCAUUUGUGAACAGUAUUGCAACCACUAAGGGUGGUCGUCAUGUUGAUCAUGUCACCGAUUUGAUAGUGAAGCAACUGAUAGAAACACUAAAAAAGAAGAACAAGGGAGGAAUUGCCAUUAAACCGUUUCAAAUAAAAAAUCAUCUCUGGAUAUUUGUUAAUUGUCUAAUCAACAAUCCAACAUUCGAUUCUCAGACCAAAGAAAAUAUGACACUUCAAGCAAAAAGUUUUGGCUCAAAGUGUACCCUAAGCGAAAAGUUUAUUCAAAACGUCACAAAAACUGGCAUUGUUGAGGCAGUGCUAUCAUGGGCCAAGUUUAAAGCUGACAGUCAACUUCAAAAACUGGGACCCAAAUCAAAACAAAGAAAGUUGCAAGGAAUGCCCAAACUUGAGGAUGCUAAUGAUGCUGGUACAGGAAGAUCACUGGAUUGUACCCUCAUUUUAACAGAGGGAGAUUCAGCCAAGACAAUGGCUGUAUCUGGUAUCGCUUCAAUUGGCAGAGACAAAUAUGGUAUAUUUCCUUUAAGAGGUAAAAUUCUAAAUGUACGAGAAGCCACACAUAAACAAAUUCUGGAGAAUGCAGAAAUUAACAAUCUUAUUAAAAUUUUGGGGCUUCAGUAUAAGAAGAAGUAUGAGACUCGAGAUGACCUUAAAACGUUGCGCUACGGAAAAGUGAUGAUCAUGACAGAUCAGGAUCAGGAUGGUUCGCAUAUAAAAGGACUGCUGAUUAAUUUUAUCCACCAUAAUUGGCCGUCACUUCUCAAACUGAAUUUCGUUGAAGAGUUCAUCACACCAAUUGUGAAGGCCACGAAGGGCAACAAAGUGUUAUCAUUUUUCUCGUUACCUGAAUUUGAGAUGUGGAAAAAGGAGACCGAAAACUUCCAUACUUACAAAAUCAAGUACUACAAAGGUUUGGGUACUUCUUCCGCCAAAGAGGCAAAAGAGUACUUUGAAAACAUGGCUCGUCACAGAAUUAGAUUUAGAUACGAUGGUGAACAGGAUGAUCAAAAUAUCAUUAUGGCGUUCAGUAAGAAAUGCGUUGAUCAACGCAAGGAUUGGCUAACGAAUCAUAUGAAUGAAACAAAGCGUCGGAAAGAGAUAGGUCUCAGUGAAAAAUUCUUAUAUGAAAAAGAUACGCGAGCUGUCACCUUUUCAGACUUCGUUAACGUGGAGCUAGUAUUGUAUAGUAAUUACGACAACGUGCGAUCCAUUCCCAACAUGAUGGACGGUUUCAAACCUGGUCAGAGAAAAGUAAUGUACACGUGCUUUAAGCGUAAUGACAAACGUGAAGUCAAGGUAGCGCAGCUAUCUGGUUCAGUUGCCGAACAUUCCGCGUAUCACCAUGGCGAAGUGUCCCUUAUGGCAACCAUCAUUAAUUUAGCACAAAACUUCGUCGGUAGCAACAACAUAAAUUUGCUUCAACCCAAUGGUCAAUUCGGUACGAGGCUUUGUGGUGGUAAAGACUCCGCGAGCCCUCGUUACAUUUUUACAAUGCUCAGCCCAUUGGCGAGGUUCAUCUUUCACAAACAUGAUGAACCGCUCUUGAAGUAUGAAUAUGAUGACAACCAGAGAAUUGAGCCCGUUUAUUACAUACCUGUUAUACCGAUGGUUUUGGUAAAUGGUGCCGAUGGUAUUGGAACUGGUUGGAUGACGAAAAUUCCUAAUUAUAAUCCUAGAGAAAUUAUUGAAAAUAUUUUCCGCAUGAUGGACGGUGCAGAUCCUAAGCCAAUGAUUCCAUUUUAUAAGAACUUCAAAGGGGCCAUAGAGAGCUGUGGAGACUAUAGAUAUGUUAUUAGCGGCGAAAUAUCAGUCAUAGGACCAGAUAAGCUGGAAAUAACUGAGCUGCCAGUUGGUACGUGGACUCAAGCAUACAAAGAACAGGUUUUGGAACCGAUGUUACAUGGCUCCGACAAAACACCUGCACUCAUUACCGAUUACAAAGAAUACAACACAGAUACCGAUGUACACUUCAUAGUGAUGUUGAAUCGUGACAAGUUGUUGGAACUCGAAAGAGAUGGCCUUCAUAAAGCUUUUAAGCUCCAGACAACCAUGACGAUCACAUCAAUGUGUGCCUUCGACGAGAAUUUAUGUCUCCAAAAAUACGACAGCGUGAUGCAGAUAUUGAAGGGCUUUUACCAGUACAGACUAAACGCAUAUCAGAGGCGAAAAGACUAUUUGGAAGGAAUCUUGGAGGCUGAGGCUGCGAAGUUAUCCAACCAAGCGAGGUUCAUCAUCGAGAAAUGUGACGGCGAUCUGGUGGUGGAAAACAAGAAGAAGAAGGACAUAAUAGCUGAAUUGGUUAGGCGUAACUACGAUUCCGAUCCGGUGGUCGCGUGGAAGCUGAGGCAAAACAGACAAGAAGUACUGGAGGAAGUCGCCGAGAACGUCGACGAAGAGCCCGUCGAGGUGGCAGCGAUCGAAAGGGAGAACUUCGAUUAUCUGCUGGGUAUGACCAUGUGGAAUCUAACGAAGGAAAGGAAGGAUGAGCUCUUGCGUCAACGGGAUGACAAGAUGGUCGAGCUGAAAAAGUUGCAGAACCGAACGCCCGUAUCCCUGUGGAAGGAAGACCUUGAUAAUCUACUGACUGAAUUGAAUAAGAUUGAAGAGAAAGAAAGGAAAGAUGAGCAAAAGUCCCGGCAAAAUGCGAAGAAGCCUCCGCCUAAGUUCUACAAAGGGGAAGACACGCGACGCAUUGCUCCGAUCAUAGACACGGAUCUGAAGAAGAAAAUCGAAAAGGCGGAUAUCGUCGCGAAAGAUAAGAAGGACGGGAUAAAGAAGCAGCCGAAGAUCAAGAAGGAACCGUUGGAAGAAAAGGACGAAUUCGAUGCUUUGGUUGACUCUAACGCAAAGUCUCUUGAGGACAGACUUGGAUCGUCGAUAGAGAAGACGGAAAAGAAAUCUGGUAAAAAGGGUUUAAAACAAACGACGUUACAAUUUAAACCAGUGAAGAAAGAAAAGAAACCGGACGAUAUAGAUUUUGGAAGCAUUUCGCCGCCACCUCCACGAACGCCGCGAAGAGCUGCCGCAGCUAAUAAAAAAUACACGCAGAGCAGUGAUGAAUCGGAUGAUGGCGAAGGCCCACAUUUGCUCUCGUCAGACUCAGAAGUCGAGAUGAAAGAUAUUUCGGGAACACCAAAUUUAAAUACAACCACGACUACGACCAACAGCGAUUCCGAUGACAAUUUUAAAGAAGACAAAAAGCCACCUCCAGCAAAACCAAGUUCAGAAGAGCUCUUCGACUCGUUAAUAAGCAAUUCCCCAUCGAAGCCAGUCAAUCCAAUAUCAUUUACAUCGGAAGAGGACUCCCCGAUAAAACCUUUGCCACCUAAAAAAGCUCCCGCUAAAAAGAAAGCCGAAAAUGGUGGAGCUAAGGGAGGAGUGAAGAAGGCAAAGAAGAAGGUCAUAUCGUCAGAAUCGGAAUCUGACGACAUGUUUUCGACCAAGACGAAUGUUGUAAAGAAGCGAAAGAAGAAAUCCGAGUCCGACAACGAUUCCGACGUGGCCAUUGUCACGCCACCUAGGAAAGUCGGUCGUGCAAGGAAGCCAGUAUCUUAUACAAUCAAAUCCGACGACGAGGAUGAUUCCGACUGAGAAAGGAGUCCACAAGAUCGAGAGCACUGAUGACAAUGUGCUCGUAUAAAAAUCGACAGAGUCGUCGGGUUAGAUCGAUCAACGCAAGCCGAGCGAUCAAUGAUCCCUCAGCAUUCGACAUCGGAAUCAAGUGGAUUUCUCAUUCCAUUGAGAUUUAAAAAAAAAAGUGUUAUCAGUCGUUCUGACUCCGGUGAAAUGGAGGACUCGUGGAACUCAUAAAGCAUUCGAUCACCAAUAUUGAAGAUCUGAUUCUGAUCGGAGCACCAAACGGUCUCUCCGUAUUCUUUUUUUAUAUAUAUAUAUAUAUAUUACUUCGUAUACAUACACGUACUGUGGUUGUACUUGUGGUAGUUAGAAUCCUCGGGGGCGUGGAAUUGUAUAAAUUCAUCGGCACACGUUUUAUACGAAGAGACAUUUACGUGAAUAACGCGUUACCGACGACGAGCAUCAAAUUCUUGUAGGGAAACGUUUUAAUGUUAUUACCUGAUUUCGAUAACUCAGGGUUUUGCGAGUUUUGUCUGAGUUUUAUAUAGAAGACUGUCCGGCGGAUUCGUUUAUCAAAGAACACUGUGUCAUUUCAGAAUUAGCGUAAGCCGGAUACACGCGUGACCUUCGUUUGUAAAUGUCACAAAAGUGAUAUAGGAUUAGAGAAAGAAAACUCGCAAGUGUUGCGAUUACAUAAUAUGCGAAUUCUUGGUACAAUCGUAUUUGAAAAUGUUCGGAGUCCCGUUAAUAAACUUAGACGAGACUAACAUUGAGGAUUCGCGCAGAAAAUGAUAUCGAUCAAUUAUUUAUUUAACCACAACGGGCGUUGAAGUACGAGAUGCAAAAUAGCCUUACUAAGUCUCACGGAACUCGUGUAGUACCGAUAUAAGAUAGCUAGCGAUUCGAUGACACGAAAGAAACUGCCGUCAAUAAAAGCUUGUUUCGAACACGUUCACAGCAGGUCUGAAAGGAGUCCCGAAAUGUCUUAACAAACAGAUCGAUGGCAAUCUAAGAAUGUGAGUCAACGUAGAAUCAUUAAUUCGAGAAAGAGAUCGUAUAAUUUUUAAAUUAUGUAAAUUGUGUGCUGCUCCAUUUUCGUGUAAUUAGGGUACUUUGUAAAUCGCAUUAACGGUAUAUUAUUUUUAGCAAGUAAUCUCGGCAUAUAAUUUUGACUAUUUGAAACGCUUACGUUAGAAUUUUUACUCCUAAGAGGGGCUGAAUCGCUCGUUUCGAAACGAUCUCCAGGUACUAAAAACGACUUUAGUCACCGAACUGAACGAAAUAUGCUAAAUAAAAUUAAAAUAUACAGAAUC